CAACUUUUCAGCUUCACUUAACUCACUUUACAUGAGGUCUGAGGCUGAGGUGCCACUGGCAACUUUUGGACUGUCACAGUGGAUAUAGACCUACAGAUAACGUCUGGAGUAUCUGUGAAACAUAUGCAGUGACUUCUUUUUUUUCUUCUUCAUUUCAUACAUAUUCAGAGACAUUCAGUCCCAUUUAAUGAUGUCUGCAGCGUGUUAACGUGCCUCCGAGACUGCUGUUUAUCUGCACAGCUCAUCUGGGCCUGUUCGAGAGCUGCUGCCAAGGUCCUCAUUUCUGUAAAACGUGUUGAAAUCAAAGAGUUUUGUGAGAGAAAAUGGCGCCCGCUGUCGGUGGUCCUGUAGGCUACACACCACCUGAGGGUGGCUGGGGAUGGAUGGUGGUAGCCGGGGCCUUCAUCUCUAUUGGCUUCUCCUAUGCCUUCCCCAAGUCCAUCACUGUCUUCUUUAAGGAGAUUGAGGCGAUCUUCGAUGUGACCAGCAGCCAGGUGUCCUGGAUCUCUUCCAUCAUGUUAGCCGUUAUGUACGGCGGAGGUCCCAUCAGCAGCAUCCUGGUGAAUAAAUAUGGGAGUCGUCCUGUUAUGAUUGCAGGAGGAUGCCUGUCUGGACUGGGCCUCAUUGGUGCUUCCUUCUGCAAUUCAGUUCAAGCGCUGUACUUCUGUAUUGGUGUGGUGGGAGGUUUGGGACUGGCCUUCAACCUCAACCCUGCCCUCACUAUGAUCGGCAAGUACUUCUACAAUAAGCGGCCUAUUGCUAACGGAAUUGCCAUGGCUGGCAGCCCUGUCUUUCUCUCCACCUUGGCUCCUAUAAAUACAUGGCUCUUUGACAAGUUUGGCUGGAGAGGAAGUUUCUUGAUCCUGGGUGGCCUGCUCUUCAACUGCUGUGUUGCCGGCUCCCUCAUGCGACCCAUAGGACCGAAACCCAAACCUGCAGAGAAGACCACAGAGAGGAUGACUGUAGCACAGAGAAUUAACAGCUUCAUCGACCUCUCUCUGUUCAAGCACCGUGGCUUUUUGCUUUAUAUUAUUGGCAAUAUCAUCAUGUUCUUCGGCCUCUUUACACCACUGGUGUUCCUCAGUAAUUACGCAAAGAGCAAAGACAUCCCUAAAGAGAAGGCAGCUUUCUUACUGUCUGUGCUGGCCUUUGUGGACAUGUUUGCUCGGCCCUCGAUGGGCAUUGUGGCGAACACCAAGUGGGUGCGGCCCAGAAUACAGUACUUCUUUGCUGCCUCUGUGUUGUACAACGGCAUUUGCCACAUUCUAGCACCAAUCUCAGUCGACUACAAAGGCUUUGUGAUUUACUCCAUCUUCUUUGGGUUUGCUUUUGGCUGGCUGAGCUCAGUGCUGUUUGAGACCUUGAUGGACCUGGUGGGAGCCCAGCGGUUCUCCAGUGCUGUUGGGCUGGUCACUAUCGUGGAGUGUGGUCCUGUGUUGUUAGGACCCCCUUUGCUCGGGAAGUUCAAAGACAUCUAUCACGAUUACAAGUACACAUACCAGAGCUGCGGGGUCCUCCUCAUUAUCUCCAGUGUCCUCCUGUUUGUGGGAAUGGGAUGCAACUAUCGACUGCUGGACAAAGAGAAAAAAGAGGAGGAGAGGAGGGCCAGGGUGGGAGGUAGAGAAGCAAAGUACACCAGGGAGAGUGCUACCAAAGAGGCUAAGACCACAGACGACACCGUCUAAUAUUAUGUACCAUCUUAAAUUACAUUAUUGUUAAUCUGAAUUUGGUCUGUGAGGCAUAUAUAUAUAUAUAUAUAGAUAUAGAUAUAUAUAUAUAGAGAUAUAUAUAUAAACAGAUGGCUGAGUGAAACAGGACAGUGGAUAAACAUUAUUUAGUCCUCUUCUGUUUCAUAAUGAAUCAUUUUUGGAAGACCACCACAAAAAGCCUCAAAUACCUCCAAUAUUCUCAUGGGGACUGUUAUAUGUGCUUUGUUGACAAUUUUACAUAUCACUUAUAUUGUUAGGAUAUUACGGUAUUUUUUAAAUCUCAGAUGGUAUCACUACAUUUUUUGCAGCACACCAUUUCUAGUAUUUUAACCUUAUAAAAUGUACCAUCAGAUAAUUAAAGCUAUUUUUCAAUAGGGAGCAUUCAAAGUGCCGCUCUCUUAUUUUUUAAAAGCGAUUGCAAAGAGUUUCUGUAAAAGUGCUUAAUUAUAGUAUUCAUCUCACUAUGCUUGUAUCACCGUCUCUCAGACCCAUUUAUAAAGACUUUCUGCUGUUCACAAGGACCUGUUGGCUCUGUGCAGUUUAGGAAGGUUUGAGGACAUCCUUGGUGCCGAUAUCACUUUGUUAAUUCCACAGAUAUAUUCAUAUUAAUUAUCUAUUUCUUAUUUACAUGUGUAUGGUCCAUUUUUUGGUGAAAAGUAUCUAUGAUUCUGAGGGCUUUUAAGCUCAUUGUAUAUCUAUUCAUGGUAGGAAAAUGUGCCAAGGACUGCAAGUUACUGUA